CGGCUCAGCAUACUCCCCCAUCUCGACUCUUGUUCGGCUCUACUACGUAUUUUGAUUCAUCAUGAAAACAACGACCGCUAUUCUUGCUGCCUUCUCCACAUCCGCGUCAGCUUUCGUUCCUUCCACGCCUGCCUUCCAGCGACAGACGUUGUCUCUCGAUGCCGUUUCGUUAGCCAACGGUGCCAUGUCUUUCGACCGCGUCUGCCGCGAGUGGCGCUGCAAGUUUGAAGGAGAUAAGUCUGAUUCUGAAUCUCUCGAGGCUAUCUCUAAGGUCGUCGACGAAUACUUACCAGAGAUCAAGAAGGUCUCCAAUGAUGCUACGGUGAAUCGUUUGGUGUGCGGGGGAUGUCUCGAUUUUAAACUCAUGACGACGGUGCCCCUCGAAGAUUUUGGACCCUGGGAAGAAAAGGAAUUUGCCCCGGAGGCUGAUUUCCUUGCCAAACUUAAGAAGAUUGAAGGUGUCACCAUGAUUGAAACUCAGACGAUUACCAACAUGGAAAUCUAACUAUGGUGGCAGGACUUCCUUGUUGAAUGCGAGAGGUACGAUUGGAUUGUAGCUUAGAAUAAACUCUUACUCCCUUAGACUGUAUCCGUCUACGC